UUCGAAUCCAGCAUUAACAAUAUUUACACAUAGAAAAAAAGCACGCCACAAUAAAUACAACUUUUCUGCGCAACAAAAUAAAAUAAAUUGCACACUGUGUGUGCACUUUGAUGGUAACGCCUCAAGACCGCAUCGAUCUUUAGUGGAGCAUCUCGCCUGGGAUAAUAACACCAUGUCGUUGCCGGCAAAAAGCUGUGAGAGCCUUUACUCGGCCAGCUCUCGCGAAUCCGCCAGCCAGAUCUAUCAGCGCAAGCAGCCGGCGCGCGGCUUGAAGGCCAAUGGCAUCCGCCAGCCCUCGAUGGUGCCCAACAAUGCCACCAGUGAGAUACAUCAGCGCGUAAUGUCGGCGCGCAAUUUGCGCGCGAAAACCUUUCAGAAUCAGCUGGCCGAUGCCCAGGCAGAGAUAUCCAAUUUGGCGCACGAGAAUCGCAUGCUGCGCACCAUGCACAAGCGCCAGUCGAUGGCACUCAACAAAUAUGAGAAUACCGGAGCAGAGCUGCCGCAGCUAUUGCAUUCGCAUGCCGAGGAGCUGCGCGUCUGGCAGACCAAGCAUCGCAAUGUGCAAGCCGCCAACAAGGAGCUGGAGGCAAAGCUCAAGCAAAAGGAGGCACAGAUUCUAACGCUAAGCGACCAGAACAGACACUUCAGCCAGCUCAUCAGGGACAAAAACCUAGACGAACGCCAGAAGCUGCAGGAUAAGCUGCGCUCAUUGGAGCAGCGACUGCAAGAGAAGGAUAACGAUAUGAAGCUCAUGACACGCAAGGUGCAGCUGGAAUCUAAGAACUUUCGCCAGCAGCUGCUCAACGAACAGAAGAAAUGCAAGGAGGUCAUGCUGAAGCUGGAGAAGGCCAGGCUCGAGAUUAGCGGCUAUCGCAAGCUGGAAGAGUUUACAGUUGACAAGGCUAAUCCCUUGGCCUCUGGUCGCCGCACCAAGUUGACUGCCGUCGAGGAUUCGGACAAAAUUGACAAACUGGAAAAGUCACUGGAAAUGCUGGACAAGGCCAUUGAGAAGAACAACCAGAGUGAAUUUAAUGCGCUGACUGACGUCCUGGAGACCGAUUCCAAUUUUGACUUUGAGAAGGAUGAUGCCGAUGAGGAGAAGAACCCAGCUCAAGUGCCGGAUGCUCAGGAUAAGGACAAGCCAACACGCGCCAAAUUGACACUGCCACCGGCCACCACCCUGCCCAAGCCGUUGGCCAACAAUUCAAACAAUUCGUCCCGUCUCGGCCAGUUAAAUCCUUCCAAGCCCAAACCCAAUCCUCGCCUGCGCAGCGGCGCUGGCGGCAGUGUAUCCACUCUGGCCAGCAGCAAUGCGCGGAGCAGCCUGACAAGCAAGCGCCGGGAUAACGAUAUAAGUGCCAAGCACACUGCAGCAGCCGAUGCGGCUGCCGACAAACUGGAGGCACUAGCAAAAACAUUUGAAUACGACUACGAAGAAGAUUCCGAGCGUGGCGUGGACGAUGAGGAAGAUGGCGAUGCCAAAAAGUAUGGAAACAUGGACCAAGAAGAUUAUGGAACCGAAGAGGAGGAGUCUCAGAAUGAUGAAUAUGCCCCCUACUUGGAUACAAAAUGUGAACUGGCUGAGAUGCUCGAGAUGGAGGAGGAGUAUGAAGAUGACGACGACGACGACGACGAACAAUCACCAAAGCCCCCAACCCAAGCAGGCUUGCAAAAGGGUAAUUUGCGUGCGCCCAGCAUGAAGGAGAAUGUGUCUGGCUUGCGAAAGCUAAUCUCUGAUGACUACAAGGAACGCGAGAGCUUCUUGGACAUACAUUGUCGCCCGAACUCGGGCAGCAACAUGCGCGAUGAUCCCGCCAAGAAGAAGCGCAGCAGCAUCUCUUCUACAGGCACCGCCGGAGUUGGCGCCGGGGGCCAAAUGGUUGCCAGUCGCAAGCAUGCUCUGCUCGCCGCGCUCAAGGUCAUCGAUGACAACAAGGAUGAGGACUAGUUUCAGUUUUUCUUUUUCUAGACUUUAAGCUGCGUUAAGUUAUAUUUUUUAAUUGAUUCCAAGUAAAGAGCUCUGUAAGCGCGGUAGCCGUAGCAUGUGCAGCAAUUGCUGGACAAGUGCUGGUCCAUAUGGAUGGCUUGCCCAUUUGUGCCAGGAUUUGGUUCAGUGCGUGUUGCACCUGCUCCAGCGCCGUUGAGCAAGUAAAAGCGAGUUGUGU